AUGGCCGUACAUGCUGCAUCAUUGAGCGAUGCGGAUGCGAAAAUGCUCCUUGACCGUACACCACAUAUGACUUUAACCAUGGAAUGGAUGCAAGCAGUUCAGUCAGCGGCGGCCGAUUGGGAAGUUUAUCAGGUGGUGACCACCAACACAUCCGAGCAGAUCACAGACGAGAUCUUGAAGUCCGCCCUGGCGACCCGGCGUUCCUUUCAGUUGGUGACCAAGCGAAAGCCGUCUGCUGAGCCGAAAGUCCGGCGGGACCAUUUGUCUUUAACCGUGGGUGGACUCCUAAACAGAGCGCCCGAUGACUUAAUGCUGUCUCCAGAGACUGUGGAGCUGGUCUGUGAGUCGCCGGACUGGGUGCUCCAACGGGUGUUGCAGCGGCGAUCACGAGUCCUCUUGAGGGAGCGUCCUUCCAUCGAGCUCUCCGCCGCGCUGCCAUUUUCCUUAUGCGACGGUUCUGGGCCCGCAAAUCUCGAGGGGAUUUUUCGCGAGAUUCUCACGCUUCGACCAAACACCGUCAUGCCGGAAGAUGUUCUCCUCUCGCUAACGGGCCCGGACUGGGACGAUGACAAGCUGGCCUCAUUCCAGCUUCUUCUCACGCAUGAACUCCAGGUCCCAGUGACGGAGCGCGUACUGGAACAAGCCGUCGCCCUGGGAUUCCGCUCCAUUCACCUGCUCCAGUUCAUUCUCCAUGCUCGACCAUCACUUCAAAUUAAACCAUCCGUGAUCUGCCAGGUUGCCUACUACAGGGAUUCUGCGCUUGGUCCCGAAGAGUACGGAAAGAUCUUGCCUGAGGCCUUAGCACGAUCCAAGGGCUUUCCCUUGGGCGAGAGUGAGAUGCUUGCGAUCAUAGCCGGGUGCUGGCCCGACAGUCUCGGGAUCAUUUUGUCGGAGAGACAAGACGUAGCGGCCACGGAACGAGUCAUUGUGCACCUCGUAGACCACCGGACUUCAAACUGGGACUGUGGUGCCAACGUUCCGGCCUUUGAUUUGUUGUUGGAUCGGGCGGGCGUGUGCGAGGCUAAAUGUCCGUAA